AUGGAUAUUCAGGAAUCAGAAAAGUUAAGGUUCAGCGAUACGCAAAUACUUGUGGUCGGAGAAGGAGAUUUUUCAUUUUCUUUGUCUCUGGCCAAAGCCUUUGGUCCUGCCAUCAACAUCACUGCAACAUCCCUUGAUAUUCGAGAGGAGCUAGGGCGUAACUACAACAAUGGAAAAGCGAACGUGGAAGAGUUGGAGAGACUUGGGUGCACCGUGGUCCGUGGUGUUAGCGUACACUCCAUCACCUCAGACAAUCGUCUAGCUCGAUACGAUGUUAUCCUCUUUCAUUUUCCUCAUGCAGGGAAACACCAUGGGGUAUUAGGAGGAUUUAUGGAGAGUGCAAAAGAGAUGUUGAAAGAGGAAGAUGGAGAGAUUCAUAUUAUUCGUAACAUAUGCCCAUUUAACAAGUGGGAUAUAAAAGCUUUAGCUGAAGAAGAGGGUUUGCGUUUAAUCAAGCAAAUGAAAUUCGACAAAUGGGACUUUCCAGGUUACCCCAGCAAGAGAGGAAGUAUAUGUGAUUAUGGCUUUCCUUACAUAUCAGCUGUUACUUUCAUAUUUAAGAAAUAG